AUGUUUAAACAUAAUGUCAAGGACUUGUCCCUUUUCGAAAUCAAACUCAAGUCACACCACAAGGACUUGAUACUUGUUAAGGGGAAUGAAUAUGAAUCCGAUCCCAUUCCUUUUGAAGGAAGUGUCAAACUUCUGAUUCCUCAGGAUAUGCACGUUAAACGGAUUAGACUUUGCUUAGUUGGUGAAUUGAAUGUGGAAUUUUUUGAACGAGAUGAAAAUCGAGUUAUUGUAGAUCAAGUAUAUGAUCGUUUAUGUUUAUUAAAGACUGAAUGGACUAAUUUAUUAACUAAUGCUCAUGGGGAAGUUAAAUAUGGUAAUUAUGGUGAUACUUUUAUUCCUUUUAAUAAAUUGGAGUCAAAAUUGAAAAAACAAUUGGUGAAUUCAAAACCAACAUCUAAAAAUGGUUCUAGAAAUAGUUCUAGAAAUGGUUCAGUUCCGCCUUCUCAUACUUCAGCUCGCCCUGCCUUUAUCAGAACCAAGUCUCAACCUUCUCCUAAUAAACUUUCAAGUCAAAAAGAUUCUUCAAUUAUAAAAGUCCCCAAGUCAGGUAUAGAUGGUACCCCGUAUGAAAAUCUCAAAACUUCAAGUUAUCAUUCAUUUCUUUUACCAAAGGGUAAUUACAAUUUACCUUUUAAAGUUAAUCUCCCCGCUAAUGUUUGUGAAACGGUGGAAGGUUUGAAUCCUGGUAAAGUCUUAUAUCGUAUGGAUUGUAUCAUCGAAAGAGGUCGUUUUGAAAAAGUGUUCCAUAAAACAAAACAUGUUAGAAUUGUUAGAACUCUUCAUCCUCAGAAUUUAAAUUUGGUAGAAAGUAUCGAUAUUAAUAAUACUUGGCCUGGGAAAGUUCAGUAUAAUGUUAGUAUACCUAAAAAGGGUAUUGCGCUUGGCUCUUCGAUCCCAAUUCAUAUUCUUAUCGUUCCAAUUGCAAAAGGAUUAAAAUUGAAAAACAUCAGUGGGGUUAUCGUUCAACAUUAUAAUGUUCAACAUUCAGAAGGUAGAUCUCCGGAAUUCGAAGAAUUAUUCGGUAAACAAAGUUUAUCAAUUGGGGACCCUUCUACUUUCCCAUUAGAUCAAUGGAAUAUCAAAUCUCAUUUCAAAGUUCCUGAAAACCUUAAAUCAAUCACUCAAUCUUGUGAUUUGAAAAACAAUAUUGUUCAAGUUAAACAUCGUCUUCGUAUUUCUAUCCAAUUGAAAAAUAAAGAAGGACAUGUUAGUGAAUUGAGAGCUAAUUUACCCGUUUGUGUCUACAUCAGUGCUAAUGUUGGCCAUGUUAUUGGUCGUCACUUCGACGUUGAUCAUCAUCAUGGUACUUUCACUCCUGUUAACGAUAAAGAGGAUAUUCUUUUCAAGAAAGAUCGUGAUAGACAACAUUCAAAAGAUAAUACAGCUAAUCCUCAAAGUCCACCAGCUAUUGAAGAAAAUCAUGAUAUCACGGCUGAUGAUGAUCAAGAUGCUGAAGAUGAUGAAGACUUGGAUCGUGCAGAAGAUGCUCCUCCUUUAUAUCAACAACACGUCUUUGAUAAAAUUUAUGAUUCUUCCCUUCCACAAACUCCUUUAGAACAAUUUCGUUCUCAAAGUAUGGCCAGCUCUCCCGUGGGCUCAGCCCGUCCCUCCAUGCAAAAUGUUCAAAGUUAUUUUGAUAUUCCUAGAAACAUUGACAGCUAUCUUGAUAGUACUCGCUCUCCCAAUCUCGAUAUCAAUGUUUUACUGAAAGUUCCAUCUUACGAUCAAGCUGUGGAUGAUGACGACGAUGAUGAUACUAAUGAAGAUUUGGCACCAAGUUACGAUGACGGUUACCCAUCCCUUAGUAAAUCUGUAUCCAUAGCAUCCAUGGCAAUUCCUUCUCAUUCUAAAACCAAUCAACAUCAUUAUCACCUUUCAUUACCGAAAACACCGAAGUUUGGACGUCAUAAACAAAAUUCAAAUAUACCAAGUAGUGCUCCCCACUCUCCUGUAAGAGGAUUCGAGCCUAACACUAGCUUCAGUGGACACUCAAUAAGUGCCCGUUCUUCAAGCACCGAUUUGUCUUCAGGUAAACCUAGCUCAAAUCUUAAAAUUCACGGUGUCCCCAAAAUUUUGCAUAAGAAGAAAUAA